AUGGGAUUGGCAGUUCCCAUGGCGCGAUGCGGAGCCUGGACAAAGUGCAAACACUGUCACCUGACAACAAAGCAGAGAGGAGGACAGCAGGCGAUAGAAGUCACUCUGUCAGAUGUGACGUCUCCCCUCCGAGCUUCACUGGUUGAGAUGGCGACACUGGAGUUGUACAGAAAGGGGGCAAGUGUGUGGAUUCCUGACCCAGAUGCGGUUUGGGUCUCGGCCAAGCUAUGUCAGGACUACAGUCCUGCAAAGAGCCAGCUCCGCUUGCAGCUCUCAGACGGCAGGGAAGUACAUUACCCAGUGGUGUCUCUGUCCGAUCUGCCUCCACUGGGGAACCCUGACAUACUGGAGGGGGAGAAUGAUCUGACUGCCCUCAGCUUCCUGCAUGAGCCCGCCGUCUUGCACAACCUCAAGGUUCGAUUCCUGGACUACAGCAGCAUCUACACCUACUGUGGUAUCAUGCUGGUGGCCAUCAACCCUUAUGACGAGCUGCCCAUAUAUGGUGAGGAGGUGAUUGAUGCCUACAGCGGCCAGGACAUGGCCGACAUGGAACCUCACAUAUUUGCUGUGGCCGAAGAAGCCUAUCGCACCAUGACCAGAGAGGAGAAAAACCAGUCCAUUAUCAUCAGCGGGGAGUCUGGCUCGGGGAAAACCGUCUCGGCUAAAUUCACUAUGCGAUACUUUGCUGUGGUUGGUGGAGCUGCGAGGCAGACCAGUGUGGAGGAGAAGGUUCUGGCGUCCAACCCUAUCAUGGAGUCAAUCGGGAAUGCAAAAACCACUCGGAAUGACAACAGCAGUCGGUUUGGCAAAUAUAUUGAGAUCGGCUUUGGUAGAAAGGGGGACAUCAUCGGAGCAAGCAUGAGGACGUAUCUCCUGGAGAAGUCAAGAGUGGUCUUCCAGGCAUCAGCAGAAAGAAACUACCACAUCUUCUACCAACUGUGUGCCUCCAGAGACCUGCCUGAAAUGAGAUCCCUAAAACUGGGUCCACCUGAGUAUUUCCGCUACACCAGCCAGGGAGAAGAGAUGCAGAUACCUGGUACUGAUGAUUUUUUGGACUUCAAGCAGACUCGCAGUGCUUUCAGCAUUCUGGGUGUAGAAAAUGACCAGCAGAUGGAGCUCUUCAGGAUCCUGGCAGCUGUGCUACAUCUGGGGAACGUUGCCAUCCGAGCCAGCGGGAGAAGUUCUGACCGCAGUUAUACUGAUGCAGACGACGGCUCUCUGGCUGUGUUCUCCAAGCUGCUGGGAGUGGACGGCCCUCAGAUGGCCCACUGGCUGUGCCAUCGCAGGCUCACAGUUGGAGGAGAGAUGCUGAUCAAACCCAUGUCCAGUCAGCAGGCAGCAGAAGCCAGGAACGCACUGGCUAAACACAUUUAUGGACAGCUGUUCACGUGGACCGUCCACAGGCUCAACUCAGCUCUGCGCACCCACAGAGACCGAGCCAGAUCCUUCAUAGGGGUGCUGGAUAUCUACGGGUUUGAGACCUUUGAGCAGAACAGUUUCGAGCAGUUCUGUAUAAAUUAUGCUAAUGAAAAACUACAACAGCAGUUCAAUCGGCAUGUAUUCCAGUUGGAGCAGGAGGAGUACAUCCAGGAGGAGCUGGUGUGGAGCAGGAUCGAGUUCAGUGACAAUCAGCAGUGUAUCAGUCUGAUCGAGGGACACCUGGGCCUCUUUGAUCUGUUAGACGAGGAGUGCAGGAUGCCCAAAGGCUCGGAUGAGAGUUGGGUGCUGAAGCUGUAUGAUCAGCAUCUGAACAACAAGCCCCACCCUCACUUUGGGAAGCCCCGCCUAUCCAACAGUGCCUUUGUCGUCCUGCACUUCGCUGACGCGGUUCAGUACGAAUGUCACAGCUUUUUAGACAAGAAUCGAGACACCGUCUUCGAGGAACUCAUUAACAUUCUGAGAGCAAGUCAGUCUGAGCUGGUGGCUGAGUUGUUCCAGCAGGGGACUCUGUCUUCUGUGUCCAACGGAAGUGUUCGCUUUCCGAAAAAAGCCCACAGAGAACAUAAACUGAGUGUAGGCUUCCAGUUCCGUCAGUCUCUCCAGCUGCUCAUGGACACUCUGAACAGCACCACUCCACAUUACGUCCGCUGUAUUAAACCCAAUGACCUCAAAGAGCCGUUCAUGUUUGACCCUCAGAGGACGGUGCAGCAGCUGAGAGCCUGCGGUGUGUUGGAGACCAUUCGGAUCAGUGCUACAGGUUUUCCAUCCAAGUGGACAUAUGAGGAGUUCUUCAGCAGGUACCGUAUUCUGCUUGGCCAACAUCAGACCCACCAGCAGGUCCAGGCUCUGUGCCGGCAGGCUGUGCCUCACCUCAUCCCGGACCCUGAGCAGUACCGCUUUGGAAAGACCAAGGUGUUUCUGCGGGCGGGUCAGGUCGCGAUGCUGGAGAGGCUGAGAGAAGAGAAGCUGCGUGGAGCCGCUGUGACCAUCCAGAGCUGGCUCAGAGGAUGGCUGGCACGGGUCACCUACCAGAGGAGACGCUGUGCGGCCGUCACCAUCCAGAGAUACAGCAGAGGAGCUCUGGCCAGACGGCUAGCACAAACUCUGCGCUACACCAAGGUGGCCAUAAUCCUGCAGAAGACCUAUAGAAUGUUGGUUGUGCGACAGAUGUUCCUCUUGAUUCGUCAGGCCACUGUUACCAUUCAGGCCUUCACCAGGGGUUCAAAGGCACGCCGCAAAUGCAGACAGCUGCUGGCGGAGCGAGCUGCUGUCUUACUUCAGGCGAGAGUGCGUGGCUGGAUGGCACGGCACACGUACAGGCGGGUUCGUGCCGCAGCGGUGUUCAUGCAGUGCUGCGUGCGCCGAAGGGCCGCGAGGAGAGAGUUGGCGAAACUAAAGACAGAGGCCCGCUCGGUGGCCAGAUACAGAGAGCUGAACAAGGGGAUGGAAGUCAAAGUGAUGCAGCUGCAGCUGAGACUUGACCAGGAGGCCAGAGAGAGUGCUGCUUUGAGAGAGACCCUUCGUACAGAACGAGAAGCCAGAGAGGCAGAACUGGAGACCUUGAGAGUGAAAAUCCAGAAGCUAGAAAGCCAGAAACACGUGCAGCUCAUCCCAGUCACACCUGAGAAGGAGGUGGAGGAACGGAGAAGACCUGAGGAGAAGGCUGCUCAGGAAAUCCUUCGGCUCACACAAGAAUUACAAACCCUGCAGAGAGAAAAGGACAGUGUCUGGGAGGAGAAAGAAGAUCUCUCUACUCGCUUGCUUGAAAAGGAAAAAGCACAAGAGGAGUUCGUGCGUCAGGCUGUGACUCUGGCUAACGCAGCGCUGAUGGCGGAGCUGGAAGAGGAGAGGAGAAAGCAUCAGGGAGCUCUGAGAGACCUGACCAGAUCGGAGCAGAGAUAUGACAACCUCAGAGAGAUGACUCUGCUCAGUGAGCAGCACUUUAAGGGCCACAGACGGACAGAUUCCACCCAGAGUCUGAGCCUAGAGCUUCCCUCCACCCGCAUGUUCCCCUCACCCCUGUCAUCUGCUGUCCCGUCUCCUGAGGAGCUCCGCAGGUUCAGCGUGACAUCACCCACGGCGGAGAAAGGCGCCUUUGUCUGGAAAGUUGAAACACCAAUGGACCAGCUGAUGGACAGGAUGGACGUGGCCAAGGACCCGGCCGUGAAGAUGGGAGGGGAGGACCUGGCACAUGCCUACGACGCUGUCCGAGUGGCCAACAAGUUUCUGGAGAAACAGCUGCGUAACCAGCAGCAUCAGUGGGAGGAAGAACUGGACGCUCUGCAGUGCCAGAUCAUUCACACCAGUACUGGUUCUGCCUCUGCAGCAACAACGCAGCAAGCUCUGCAGGAGCUGCUCGCAGCCAGGGAGCACGAGUGUGUGAGACUGAGGAGAGAGCUGAAGGAGCUUCGAGACACAGUCACUCUCAGAAGGAUUGUGACACAAGCAGUUCCCUCCUCACCUUUGACCCCAGAGGGUUUCUCUCCAUCCCUGCCAAAGCAAGCAACCCUCACCGGUUUGCUGGAAUGUAGAAAUAGAGAUGAAAGCAAGCUGAUCAAGAACCUCAUCACAGACGUCCGUGUCGACGUGGCGUUGUCUUUAACUCCGGGCCUGCCUGCCAGUGUGGCUAUGCUGUGCGUACGCCAGGCAGACUGCAUUGGAGACCAAACCCGUGCACGUUCCCUCUGCAGCACCGUUGUCACCGCCAUGAAGGCGGCCCUGAAGAUCCCACCACAACCACCAAAGCCCAUGACCAGGAGACCGCCUGAGCGAGAGCGGGGUCCAUCCCGAGGAGACCACGGCUCCCCAUCCCCCAGCAGCCGCCAGCCCCCCAGUGCCAACAUCCGCGCCCCACCGCAACCAACCAACCACCCACACAAUGGGCUGCAGGAACCCACGCCCCACAGGCCCAGAGAAGGGCCAGGGGACCACGGCAGAACCUGCAAGGGUGUGACACGUGAGGCCAACCCCAAGCAGCUGUCGGAAGGAGAGGAGCGGAAAGGGGAGGAGGCCACCCACACCAGCCCCACCAGGCCCCCAGCCCAACCCCAGAUCCGACGGAGGUGCCAGGGAAACCACAGGACGGGGGGAGGCGGGCAUUCCUGGAGGAGCACCGGAGGCCAAGGAGGACCAAACCAACAUGGGGCACAGGGGCCAGGGAGCCACAGAUGGACGGGCCACCACGCCCGGAGGUCCCCGAACCAGGGAAGUUCAAAGGGUGUGUUUCUGCUGAACACUGACCUGAGUGACUUGUGUCGUCCUCUGAGUGACCUUUGCAUCCAGGCCUAUCAGCAGCUCAUCUUCAUCAUGGAGACACGUUUACAGAACAUGAUAGUUCCCGCCCUGCUGGAGGGUGAGAAUAUCUCAUGGCUGUCUAGCUCUGGGGUGAAGCUCGGAGGGUCCAGGAAGCGAGCUGGAUCAGGCCCCAGGACUGUAGGAGGUGAUGUUCCCACCAUGGCAUCAGUGCUGAGGGAGCUGGGAGCCGUUCACGCUGCCCUUUCCCAUCAGGAUUUGCCCCUGAGCCUGAUGGAGCAGACACUCCGCCAGCUCACCUACUUCAUCUCUGCCUCUGCCCUCAACAGCCUGCUGCUGAGGAAGGACGUGUGCUGCUGGAGUCGAGGGAUGCAGAUACGCUAUAAUGUGAGCCUGCUGGAGGAGUGGCUUCGUAACCGCGGCGUGCAGGCAGGAGGCGCUGUGGCCACGCUGGAGCCGCUGAUCCAGGCCACUCAGCUGCUGCAGCUGGGAAAAAAGACCAAAGCAGAGGCUCAGGCUCUGGUUGACACCUGCACCGCCCUGUCUAGCCAGCAGAUCACCAAGAUUCUCACCCUCUACACGCCCCACAGUGACCUCGAUGAAAAGGUCACCGUGAAUUUCAUCAGGAUUGUCCAGGGACUUCUGAAAGGCCGUUCCACCCGCCAGGCUCCGCUGCUCAUCAUGGAUGCAAGGAGAGUGUUUCCUGUCACGUUCCCAUACACUCCUCCACCUGUGCUCCGCUCCGACCAGCUACACCUCCCAGACUCCCUCAAGAUCUCCUUUUUACGCAGAACUUAAAGGGCAAAUUCUCUUUUUAAAACAACCUUAUUGGUAUUCUAACACUGGGCCUGAUGCAAAAACCACCCGUAGUAACAGAUUUGAUACUGAGCAGCUGGUACAAGUGUUUUUUGAUUAACUUUUUCAUUCUCAGUUUUUGGUAGGUACAAGAAAAAUCUUGAAAGUGGGCCAGACCUGCAAUAGCAGUUAGUCUGCUCUCAGUAAUUCACUGAAUAUUUCAUUUCUUUGAAGCAGUUUUACUUUGAAAAUCCUACAGCAAUUACACAUCACAAUUAUGCUGACGUUAUACAGCUGAACUCUACAUAUUGAAUUGUAGUAUAAUUGUAAAUUUGUUCAGAUAGCCUUACAAUAUCACAAAUAUAUGAUAUGAUGAGUGUAAUUAUCAUUUUCAAAGUCUAGCUGUUGGGAUCAAGGAUCAGCAUUCACUUUCUGAAGUCAGCAAUCAGGUACAAAGCUCCAAGUUCAGCAAUCGAAGACAGAUCAGUGAUAAGGAUCGAAACUCAAUGACCUCACACAACGUUUUGCAAUGUGGAUCAAGGCAAAGGCUAUACGCUCAACCGUUGGGCAGAUAAAAAUAAUGUCCUACCUUAUUCGCCCAACCGUUUGGCAGAUAAGUCAUACAUUGAACGUUA